CCUCUUACCCAUCCACACACACCAUGUCGGGCGCACUGUGGGUGGACAAGUACCGCCCGAAGACCCUAGACAAGAUGGACUACCACAAGAAGCUGUGUAACCGCCUGGCAGCCAUGGCCGGACAUGGUGACUUUCCACACAUGCUGUUCUACGGUCCGUCGGGCUCGGGGAAGAAGACGAGGAUUAUGGCUCUGCUACGCGAGGUCUAUGGUCCGGGAGUGAGCAAGCUCAAGGUGGAAAGCCGCGAGUUCACCAACCCGGCAUCGACAUCGUCGGCCAAGGCCGAGAUCACCCUCAUUUCUUCGCCGUAUCACAUCGAGGUCAAUCCGUCCGAUGCCGGGAACAAGGACACCAUUGUGCUACAGGCGCUGCUUUCGGAAAUGGCUCAGACUCGCUCGCUCGUCGGUGCAGGCGGUAUGCUCGCAUCGAGCGAGGCCGCGCCGGCUGGACCGUCGUCGACUGCGUCGACGGCCGUGCCGAUGGAGACUGGCGAGCCGGCUGCGAGCUCGGCACCGUCGUUCCGCGUGGUUGUCAUUGCCGAAGCACACCGGCUCUCGCGGCAGGCCCAGAACGCGCUACGGCGGACCAUGGAGACGUCGGCCAAGACCUGCCGGCUCAUUCUCACCGCCACCUCGACAACCGGGCUCAUCGACGCCCUCAAGUCGCGGACCAUCCCCAUCAAGAUUGCCGCGCCUUCGGUCGACGACGCCACCGCCAUUCUCAGGCAUGUUGCCGCCAAGGAGGGUCUUCCGCUCGACGACGCUCUCGCCGAGCGCAUCGUGAUCGAGUGCAAGCGCAACCUCCGCCGCUCGCUCCUCCUCCUCGAGGCCAACUCUGUAGCCCAGAACGCCUUGCCCAAGCCCGACUACGAGAUCCUCAUCCACAACAUGGCCACCUCUAUCCUGGCCUCGCAGACUCCGGCCCAGCUCAAGGCUGUUCGUGCUAACCUCUACGACCUUCUUGUCCACCAGAUCCCACCCGAUGUCAUCAUGCGCACCCUCGUCGCCGAGCUGGAGGACAAGCUCGACACCGAGAUCCGCCACGCCGUCGUCUUUGACUCGGCCAUCUACAACCACCGACUCGUCCUCGGCUCGAAGCCCAUCUUCCACCUCGAAGCCUUUGUCGCCUCCUUCAUGUUCCGCUACAAGCAGUACCUCAUGUCCAUCAGCUGAUUAAAGCCAUCACUGCCGCA